ACAAAAACAAAAAAACAAAAAGAAAACUAGACACCCAGUAUAAUUAAAUCUGGACACCGCUAAGCUAUACAGCAAAGAGAACGUUGAUUACGAAAACUAAAACUAAACCUACUUUUUUGAGUUAGCUAUUUCGAUCUUUCCCCUUGAAAAAAUAGGGGAUGAUCAAAGAUCAGAGAACCCAAACGAGAGAAUAGCAAACUGCAGCAAAUUAAUUCUAGCACGGGUCCCGAUUCUUCGCUAUCGCUACAAAUCGAGCCUUAAUAUCCUCCUCAAGUCACUCGUAGCAUCAUCAUUCUUCACAGCAACGCCAAUCUUCUUUGUGAAAACGCCAGCAUCGAAACAGAACUCGGAGGCGGCGAUGUUAUAAAGGCCGACCCAGCAUAAAAUGUGGCUGAACGACCCUCGUGUAAAAAGUUUGGGACUUCGGUGCAAAAGGGUUGUUCUUCCAAGUAACUGCAAGCACUUAACAAAGCCUUGACUGACUCAACACCAGAAUCGCGUCCUCGUUCCUCUUCAUCAUCCACCACCGGUAGUUACGACGUGCCGUGGGUUGAAAUAUACUGGCCAAACAAAGUCUUGGAGAUCUUCGGUAAUAGACGCCGUGUCAAGACUCAAAGUCAUCGCUCGCGAUGGCAACAUGCCCAAGCUCAUUCUGUCCCUAACUUUCUGCGGUGAAGCACGGGUGAACUAGUAUAAAAAUAAAAGUCUCAGCCUUGGGCCUUCUCUUUCCUUCUUCCCUCUUCCAAGUUCCAACUUUUUUUAAGCCCCAAUUUUCUUCGUGACUUAGGAUGGAAAGUGAUAGUCUUGCUUAUAUGGAACUUGCAAUUCACCAGGCAAAACUUGCUUUGGAAAGCCUUGAAGUGCCUGUUGGCUGUGUAUUUAUCAAGGAUGGCAAGGUCAUUGCCUCGGGGAGAAAUCGAACCACCGAGACACGUAAUGCAACAAGACAUGCAGAAAUGGAAGCCAUAGACAUUCUUAUGGAGAAGUGGCAGAGAGAUGGACUUUCAAAAUCAGAAGUUGCAGAAAACUUUUCAAAAUGUAUUUUGUAUGUUACGUGUGAACCAUGCAUAAUGUGUGCUGCAGCUUUGUCAAUUCUUGGAAUAAAGGAGGUAUAUUAUGGUUGUGCGAAUGAGAAAUUUGGAGGGUGUGGAUCAAUUUUAUCCUUGCAUUCAAGUUACUCUGAGACACUCAUCAGUGGUGAAGUUCCACAAAGAAAAGGUUUCAAAUGUACGGGGGGAUUGAUGACCUCAGAAGCAGUCUCUCUUUUCCGAACUUUCUAUGAACAGGGGAAUCCUAAUGCUCCUAAACCUCAUAGGCCUCUGGUUCAAAAGGAAGUUGAGUGAUAUACUUAAACUUAGGUCUUGCAAUGUGAUUUGGAGCUGACCAAAUGUUGAGGAUAACCUGUGAAAAAGAAAGCAAAUAACAACUCAAGUAAAAUGCCUGGAGUUUGAUGAUGGCAUUUCAAGUAGGAAGGAUUGAAUAUCUAUAUAUAUAUAUAUAUAUAUAUAUAUAUUAUGUGAUUCAGAUAUUUCAUGCUUGCUCAUACGGUCACUUUUUGGGAACUUAAGAGUGAUCAAUCAAACCAUUUGGUCUUUUAUUUUUAUUUUGUUUGUAUAAUCAGAAGUUACAUACAAGUACAACGUGAUGAGCAAUGACAAGUUUCCAUUGUCGGGUUUCCAGAUCAUAAAUGCUCUGAAAGUUACGAAAACUUAGAAAGAGUUUUUUUUUUUUUUUUGUAUAAAGGAGAUUACAGCUUAGAAAUAAAUCAAACGAUUAAAAGUGUUGGGUUUUAAAUCUCACUUGUUU